UGUCAUAUAUUGUUGGAGAUAUCUUUGAUAUUUAGAAUGGACACGACAUCUUCCUAGCAAUGAAGUCGGGGAACAAAAUGAAAGGACAAAAGAAGAAGACACAGAAAAAAGAGAAAACAAAAAAUGAAGAAAAAGGAAAAGGCGAUCCUAAUGAUUUGUUGAAAAAGUUAGCUGUACAACACAACAGACAGUCAUUGCAAACAGACGCUGCUGAUCAAGCAUCAAGUUCAACACCAACAGAUAAUGAAGGAGAUCCCAAUGUCACCAGUCGAAUGUCUAGCGCCGGUGCCGGUAGUACUAACGGAGAUACAGAACUACCAGAAUGGUUUGAAGAUAUCACCACAGACAAUGAGGACGCAUUUAAAGAGCUGUUUGACAUGUUGGAUUCAGCGAAGACGGGCACGCUGAAUGUCGACGGUCUUUAUGAAGGUCUAAAGAGAGUAGAUAGUGGAAUUACCCGGGAGGAGGUCGAAGCUGUCAUGAACAAACUGGAUAAAGAUGGAAAUGGAGAAAUUGAUUUUGACGAGUUUCUUAUUCACAUGACACAAGGAGAUACAGCAGGGGAGGAUGGUCAAGAAGGAUCACGGAAAGGAUUUUCAAGAAGACAGAGAUUAUUUUACACAGCCAUUACACAAUUUUCUAUGAAGACAACUCUAGAACUGGAGAAAAAGAAAAUUCAACCUCAUGUGAUAAGUCAUUAUACAGCUGGAGCCCGUUUAGAGGGAUUAACUGAUAGACAGCUAGCCAGACAGAUGAAGAGACUCCAGAGAACAGCUGUUCACAACGAUUCACCAUACGCCAAACCUCUACCUUUUGUUUCUCAAAUGAACUGUAGUGUUGUGAUGGCUAGUAUGUACAAGUUGGCAACAGAACGUACUGAAAUAGGUCCCAUGGAAAACCCGACUAUAAUACAUGAAAUAUCAGAAGAUCAUGAAGAUGAACCAAUUGAACAUAUUGCACCAUUGCCAUGGAAGGCACAAUGGAAAAUGUUUACCACAAGAGAUAGUGUUGUAGGUAAAUCAAAUGAAGAUCUUUUGGACAAUCUAAGGUCCAGAUUAAAUAUGACCAUGAAGAUAAAAGGAUCUAUCAAAAAGAAGAAGCCUAUUAUAGCAAAGGCAGCAAUCCCCCAAAUAGGAAAGUGUCGAGUUCCCUUGCCUGUUCUCAGAGUGAAGUAUAAAAGACACAGACCGUCACCUACCAUUGAUGAUUUGCCAAACAUUAGAGAAAAGGCAACCUAUGCCCUGGAUGAUUACUACCAUAAGUUACGAAUAGUUAGUGUAAAAAAUUCUUAUGAACACUGGGAUAACUUAUAUGCUGAUACUAUUCGUUCCAAGAAACUUUUGGCAAACUUCCGAACUGUUUACAGGGCAUAUUCCCCACAUAAAGAAGAAGAAGCUUUUGUUGUUGCACCUUGGAUACCUGGACCUUACAGACAUUUCAGGAGGAAAGUGGAUUCACGUAUUAGACCAUUCAGUGCCCAUUAAAUCUUUUGGUAUACGUUUGCUCCCAGUACUAGUAAAAAUCUAUUUUAGAAUAAA